AUGCCUCGUGGCCGGCGCCAGGGCCUUCGCAGUCCCAUCCGGGCGGCAGCCAACUACGCCAAUGCGCACCCCUGGCAGGAGGACGGGGCCACUCCUGGGGUUGCGUACACCCCCUUAGUGGAUCCCUGGAUUGAGCGGCCCUGCUGUGGGGACCCUGUGUGUGUGCGCACGACCAUGGAGCAGAAGAGCUCGGCGAGUGGUGCUGUGGGCUGUGAGCCCGCAGAGAGGGGCCCCCCGGCAAUGCGCAUGGGCCCGCGGCCCCGCAGGGUGGACUUCCACUGGGUGCCUGGCUCAGACCCAGGCACCUUCGAUGGCUCCCCUUGGCUGCUGGACCGCUUUCUGGCCCAGCUGGGCGAUUACAUGUCCUUCCGCUUUGAGCACUACCGGGACAACCUCAGCCGUGUCUGCGAGAUCCUCGGGCGCCUGACGGGCCGAGCCCGGGCGUGGGCAGCCCCCUACCUCGAUGGGGACCUGCCGCUGCCUGACAACUAUGAGCUUUUUUGCCAGGAUCUUGAGGAAGUUAUUCAAAACCCAAACAACUUUGCUGAGUACCACGCUGCAGGGCCCUAUUCUUUGCCUCUGGCCUCGAGCCAGCCACCAGUGGCCCCACAACUGCCUGUGGUGAGACAGUACUUAGCUAGGUUCUCAGAGGCCUUGGCCCUCAACAUGGGCACUCCCCCCAGGUCUGUCCCCGCUGCUCUGGCCACCCCCACUGUUUCUAGUUCCAAUUCCACAUCUAGAAAUGCUCUAUCUGAGCAGCUGCUAGCCAUGGAGAGCAGCUCUGGGCCUGCGGAGCCUUCUGCCUUGUCCAACUCUGCAGGCAGCACUGGUCCUGGUCCCGUGGGGCCAACUUCUUCCCAGCCGGGGGAGGCGGCCCCCAAACCUGUCCUUGCAGUUGCAGAAUCUGCUGAACCCCCUGCCCAGAAACCAGGUCCCACUAACCCAGGGGGUCCAGGACCCCAGAAAACAAAGGAGGAGGUUUCUGAGACAGAGGCAGGCCAGGAGGCAUCCUUAAGUACCCCACAGGGGGCAGUGGACACCCCAGCCACCCCAGGAGAGCCACCAUUCUGUCCCACGCCCCAACCCACAGCACUGGAUUCCGAACACGGCCUGGGCAGGUGUGGCAGUGCCCCCUUAUCAUGA